AUGACACCUCGAAAGUCCAUCGCAAGCCUCGCGUGGUUGAGUGGUAUCCUCCUCCUCUCAACACCAGGUACUCUGGCCGCAUGUUCCCUCCCAUCCACCUACAGUUGGACAUCGACCGUCCGCUGGACCGCGCUCAAAGACUUCACCAACGUCGUCUACAACGGCCAGCACCUCGUCUACGCCUCCACAACAGAUGCAUCCGGAAACUAUGGCUCGAUGAGCUUCUCCCCCUUCACCAACUGGUCCGACAUGGCCUCAGCAAGCCAAAACACCAUGAGUUCAGGGACCGUCGCCCCAACAAUCUUCUACUUCCGGCCCAAAAAUAUCUGGAUCCUAGCCUACCAAUGGGGUCCGACAUCCUUCUCCUACAAGACAUCCAGUGACCCCACAAACGCCAACAGCUGGUCCUCGCCCCAACCUCUCUUCUCCGGAACAAUCUCUGGCUCUAGUACAGGCGUCAUCGACCAAACCGUUAUCGGCGAUAGCAAUAACAUGUACCUGUUCUUCGCCGGCGACAACGGCAAGAUUUACCGAGCCAGCAUGCCCAUCGCCAACUUUCCCGGGAGUUUCGGUACAAAGUAUGAAGUCGUCCUAAGUGAUAGCCAGAAUAAUCUCUUCGAGGCGGUGCAGGUUUACACUGUGGAGGGCCAGAAUAAGUAUCUCAUGAUUGUCGAGGCUAUCGGUGCGAGUGGGAGAUAUUUCCGGUCUUUCACAGCUGAUAGCUUGGGGGGUACUUGGACUGCGCAGGCCGCGACUGAGAGUAACCCCUUUGCUGGGAAGGCGAAUAGUGGAGCGACCUGGACGAAUGAUAUCAGUCACGGGGAUCUUACCAUGACUGUUGAUGCUUGUAAUUUGCAUGCGAGUGGGGGUUAUAAUACUUUGCCUUGGAGGCCGGCGGUUUUGACAUUGAAAUGA